AUGAGAUUCAUUUAUUCACUUUUGAUUGUUUCAAUCACAUUGGUGGCAUUUAUGCAAUCAUCGGCCAAUGCAUACUUUGGCAACAACAACAACUACAACAACCAACAACAAUAUAACAAUGGUGGACAGCCGAUGGUUAUCCGUCGAGAGGAUCGUCAUUCGUUCAAGUCACCAUUCAUGCCCACGUCGUCUGGUAUUUUGUAUUGGGACAUUUACGGUGAUGCCAUCAUUGCCGAAGACUAUAUUCGUUUGACGUCUGACAUGAAGGGUAUUCAUGGCAGCAUUUGGAACACUGAGAACCUCGAGUUUGUCAACUGGGAGGUUGUCCUCGACAUGCGUAUUGGCGGACCCUCGCGUUUGGGUGCCGACGGUAUUGCCUUUUGGUUGAUUGACCGUCGCCACAACAACGAGCCACUCACCCCCGAAAAGGAAAAGGAGGUGUACGGCGCACGUAACCUCUGGAAGGGUUUGGCCAUCAUGUUUGACACGUUUGACAACAAUGCCAACGGCGACAACCCACUCGUCAACGUUGUCUACAACGACGGCAACCAAUUCUUUGACACUACCAAGGACGGUCUCAACAUGAAGUUGGGCAGCUGCACCAGCAAGUUUAGAAGUGCCACCAAGAAUGCCAAGGCCAAGAUCAGAUACUUUAACGGUGUGCUCUCGGUGCAAAUCGACCCCAACUCGUCUGGCUCGUUUGACGCCUGUGUCUCUGACCUCCGUCUCUCCAUCCCCACCGGCUUCACCCUCGGUCUCUCUGCCGCCACCGGUGGUCUCCACGACAACCACGAUGUCUACUCUCUCGAAACCUACUCGCUCGAUCCACCCGCCAACUUUUACGAACAACAACAACAACAUCAAAAACAACAACUCCAACAACAUCAACAAAGAAUUAAAGAUGAAGAAGAAGCUCAACAACAACAACAACAGCAAAAGGAUAGUUGGGGUGGUAAUAAUAAUGGAGAAAAACCAACUCAAACUCAAGAUGAAUUACAACAACAAAUCAAUGAUUUGGCUUUAAAACUUCAACAAGCUCAACAACAAGAAAGUAAUAAUUAUUAUCAACAACAACAACAACAAGCUACUCAACAACAACAACAACAACAACAACAACAACAACAACAACAACAAAUGAAUCAACAACAACAAUCAACAGUUUCAGCCAAAGAUAUUCCAAGAGAUGAACAAUUACCAUACCUUAUUACAAAGGUUGAAUCAUUAAAGGAAUCACUUAACCACCUACACUCACAAUUGGAUGAAGAUGAAACCAAAAAAUCAGUAGAUGGUCUCCGUGAUCAAGUCAACAACAUUGGACAAGCUUUGGUAUCGUUGGCCGGCACUGCCAUGACCAAAAAGGAGUUUAACGACUUUAAAAACUCUUAUGAUCAAAAGCAAAACAACUUUUUAAAGGACUUUAACGAAUUAAAGGGAUCGAUCAAUGAUAUGAAGGCCAUUGUCAACAAACGUCUCAACAAUCAAGAUCAAGACACCAACAAACAACUCGAAUCACUCACCCAAAACCUAAACGGACUCCGUCGUAUCCUCGAUAGCACUCAACGUGAUACCCAAAAGAUUGCUUCCAACCUUGAAAUGAACGCCAACGAACUCACCUACACCAUUGAAAAACAAACUUCUUUUGGUUUCUGGGCUUAUUUCUUUUUAACUCAAAAGAUGAUUAGAUCAGUAUUAAAAUUAAAUCAUACAGUUGAUAUGGGAAUAUCGAUAUCAAAGAGAUAUUAUGUUAAAAGAUUGGUAUCAAAAAGAGUGUAUAACGAAUUAAAGAGAGAAAAGGUAGAUUGGGAGACUAUUCGUAGUUCAGAGAUAUUGGAACGUCUUACACAUGCUCCACAAAUCAAUUUGCACGGUGAUAUCCGUCCAGAGAUCAAGACAUUGGUCGAUGACAUUGGCGUUUUGACAUCACCCAACACAGAUCGUCCCAUCGACUCGAUGGAUCAAGAGGAGGCAUUUGAAGCAGCCAGCUCUGAUUUGAUGGAUAUGAUCAAUCGUGUAAAGUAUGACGCACACGAAGAAAAGAUGUUGAAACAAAAGGAAAAGGAAGAGGCCGAGGAAAAGACAAAGAUGAUGCGUCAAGGUCUCCUCAAGACUGGCACCUUGUCGGCACGUGCCAUCGCUAGAAAGAUGCUCAAUCGUGCACCAGGCCGUGGUAAAUUGUCACUCGAUCAAAUGGUCGACGAACAACUAUCCACCCCAAAGAACGAGUUGCUCGCCAAGUACACCGACGACCUUCCAGAAAACAUUGUCGAUCUCCAAACAGUCACCCAAAAAAUCAUCCAAGUCCGCAACAAGAUUGCUGAAAUCCGUCAACAAGAGGAACAAGAGGAACGUGAAGACGACCAAGAAACCAGCGACUACAUCUCUACUCAAGACCUCGAAGAUCUCGAAGAAGUCAAAUACAGAUUAUACAAACAACGUGAAUACCUCCUCUCUGCUCAAGAUGUCGAUCCACGUCUCAAAAAGACUCGUACCUCUAGAUUCUUUUAUCAACCCGGUGAAAAUUCUCCACUCUUUGAUUUUGCUAAACUUAAACUUGAAGAAAUUAAUUCUAUGGAAUUACAAGAAAUUGAAAGACAAAAGAAUGUUUUGGAAUAUGCCAAGUUAUUACGUGAAAAGAAUAAGGAUCAACUUAUUCAACAAUUUGAAAACCUUGAUAGUGAUAAAUUAAAUUAA